AUGGCCGUCAAGAAUCGCCUCAUUCAACUCCUCAUCGCUUCGGCGAUCGCGUCAUCCGCUAUCGCCGUCCCCACGGCCGAACAGCAGCCUCAUGUGGAUGUGAUCGCUAGCAACUCGGCUUUCCACGAGGCUCUCACCAACGUCGAUGAGAACUCCGUCCACAAGUUCAUGCAGCUGCUCGAUCAGUACCGCAGCGAGCACGCCGCGCACAGCACUUCUCCCAUCGUGAAGAUGGGCAAGCGGGACGGCGGUUCCUCGGCCGUCGAGCAGCCCAAGCCCACCACCGAAGCGGCGUCUGAACCCAAGACCACUGCUGCGCCUGCUGUCACCACCACUGAAGCUCCUGCCACUCAAGCGACGACCGAAGCUCCUAAGACUACUGAGGCUGCGCCGGAGACCUCCAGCUCGCAUUCGGAGGCACCGCCUUCUACGACCGAGGCCAGCGUUCCCACCACCACGGCCGAAGCGCCUUCUACCACCGCCAAAGCCCCCUCCACCACCGAGACUCACGCCGAACCCACCUCCACCAAGGCUGAGACUACCCACACCACCGAGGCACCUACCACCCAUACCACCGCCGCUUCUACCACUCACACCGAGCCCACUACAACUUCAUCGGAGAAGACCUCAGAGAAGACCUCAGAGAAGACGACCACGCAAGCUCCCACUACCAUCCACACCACCACCUCGUCCUCUUCCAAGGAAGACGAGAAGACUACCUCGGCGCCGGAGACGCACACCACUCCCUACACUUCGACCUACAAGCGCACCACGACUCUCUCCAACGGCGAGCAGAGCACCGUCACCGCCGUGACCGUCGUGCAUCCCACGCGCACCAACCUCGCCGGCGCGACGGGCACUGGACCUGCUCCUGGCCUUCAAACCGACAACGCCGCUUCCACCAACGGUCUGGGUCGUGAACUGUUCGUCAUGAUGGGCGGAGCCGCUAUGGUCGCCAUGGCUCUAUAG